AUGCACGAUCUCGUAUCAACUCUCUUGGAAUCUUUUCCCCUAUCGGUUCUCUUAUCAGGACUGAUUGCAAUGGGCUUGCUCUCAUGGCUUCGUCCUAAGGGUCGCAUAUCGUUCUAUCAUUCCACGGACAAUCAGUUGACGUUGACCAAGGUCUCUGACACUGCAGCCAAAGAACAGACCACCUUUGUUGAUAUCUGUCGGGCCGCAACACCAGACUCCUGCAAUUUGAAUCCAUUCCUGUUCAACGGACAUUUGCAGACAUUCUGGACAGUCCUGAAACACGAUAAUGUUCCAGUUUACUACAAACGCAAGAUGUUUGAGUCGGACAGUGCUGCGCUCGCUGGGCACUAUGCUAUCGAUUUCGUGGUUGCACCAUAUGACAUGCCCGAGGACCCGGAACUGACUGAUCAAGCGAGGAAGUAUACUCAGGAAUCAGGAAUGCCGCCUCGCACCUCAUUCUUUACACAGGACGAGUUUACUGAUCUGCCAUCUGAUGACACCAAGCCUAUGCUGGUGGUUCUUCAUGGGUUGAGUGGUGGCUCCCACGAAGUAUACUUGCGCCAUGUCCUGGCACCGCUUGUGAAGAACGGGGAUUGGGAGGCAUGUGUUGUCAACUCCAGAGGUUGUUCACAGACCAAGAUCAGUACUGGUGUGCUUUACAAUGCCCGUGCUACUUGGGAUGUUCGCCAGUCCGUGAAAUGGAUCAGAGAAAAGUUCCCCAACCGCCCUCUUUUCGGAAUUGGCUUCUCACUUGGUGCCAAUAUUCUCGCUAAUUACUUGGGAGAAGAGGGAGAUGCAUGCCAAUUGAGGGCAGCCGUCCUUUGCGCGAGCCCAUGGAAUUUGGACGUCAGUUCUUCCAACUUGCAGAGUACCUGGAUUGGCAAGGAGGUAUACAGCAAGACCAUGGGCGCAAGCAUGAAAAAGCUCUUUGAAACACAUGUCGACGCCAUUUCUAAGAAUCCUCGCAUUGAUGUGGACGCCAUCAGAAACACUACUUACUUGCAUGAAUUCGACCGCGCCCUGCAAUGCCCAGCAUGGGGCUAUCCCACCGAGGGAGCGUAUUAUCGUGAUGCCGCUUCCACUGAUUCCAUGCUUGCUAUCCGCAUUCCUUUCCUUAGUGUCCAGGCUGAAGAUGAUCCGAUUGCCUGCCGGGAUAGUCUGCCCUUCCACGAAAUGACCCAAACGCCAUAUGGAGUCAUGUUGACUACCUCUUGGGGUGGUCAUUUGGGAUGGUUCGAAUUUGGAGGAGAAAGAUGGUUUGUCAAGCCGGUGGCAAACUUUUUGAAUACAAUGGCUCGGGAAAUCAACACUGAUAUCCCUGGUGUUGUUCAACAUCCCGAGAAGCUUCCCGGCCACAUCGCCCAUCACAACGAUCCUAACAAAGAUCCGGACAUGGCACCCAAGCCCGAGUUCAACCCCAUGCGACGCAAACUCGUCUUGCCUUUGGGGCAAUAA